AUGGCGACAGACUCGAGUGGACUGGGCUUCCCUCUGACUUUAUUCGUGUUUUUCUGCGUGUUCGCGGGCCGAGAGGCCGAGCCGGCGGUGCCGGAGUCCAGGGGCGUGACGCGGAUACUCGGCAUGCGGCUGGAUCUGAGCGACAGGCCGGUGGAGAUCCCCAAGACGGGGGUUAUCCAGGUGACCGAGGGCAGCAACAUCCUCUUCAGGUUCUACGGGCUCCACCUGUUCCCCAAGAGCUCGGAGCUCAUCAGGUUCGUGAGCAACAAGGACGACGACGAGCCGGGCGCCGUCGACGGCCCGUUCAACGGCACGUGCCUGGAACCGGCCGAGGGCAUCUCGGUGAAGGGUCACAUGCAGGUGAGCAACCAGAACACCACGGGACUCCUCAACGUCACCGUCAAGCAGCUGCGCAAGAGCGAAGCGCACAAGGUGUUCUGGCUGUGCGUGCUGGACCGGCAGGAGCAGCGCUGGUCGCUGCUGGACGAGCGGGACGGCCGGCUGCUGGUGGUGGAGGUGGAGAAGUCGCUGCUGCCCACCUGGCUGCAGGUGAUCCUCAUCAUCUGCCUGCUGGUGCUGUCGGGCAUGUUCAGCGGACUCAACCUGGGGCUGAUGGCGCUCGACCCCAUGGAGCUGCGCAUCGUGCAGAGCUGCGGCACCGACAAGGAGAGGAAGUACGCGCGCAAGAUCGAGCCCAUCCGCCGCAAGGGCAACUACCUGCUGUGCUCGCUGCUGCUCGGCAACGUGCUGGUCAACACCACGCUCACCAUCCUCCUGGACGACCUCACCAAGUCCGGCCUGGGCGCCGUCAUCGCCUCCACCGUGGGCAUCGUCAUCUUCGGCGAGAUCGUGCCCCAGGCGCUGUGCUCGCGCCACGGCCUGGCGGUGGGCGCCAACACCAUCGUGCUGACCAAGCUCUUCAUGCUGCUCACCUUCCCGCUGUCCUGGCCAAUCAGCAAGCUGCUGGACUGCGUGCUGGGCCAGGAGAUCGGCACCGUGUACAACCGGGAGAAGCUGGUGGAGAUGCUGAAGGUGACGGAGCCCUACAACGACCUGGUGAAGGAGGAGCUCAACAUGAUCCAGGGCGCGCUGGAGCUCAGGACCAAGACGGUGGAGGACGUGAUGACGCCGCUGGACAACUGCUUCACCAUCGGCAGCGACGCCGUGCUGGACUUCAACACCAUGUCCGAGAUCAUGGAGAGCGGCUACACCCGCAUCCCCGUCUACGAGGGCGAGCGCUCCAACAUCGUGGACAUCCUCUUCGUCAAGGACCUGGCCUUCGUGGACCCGGACGACUGCACCACCCUGAAGACCAUCACCAAGUUCUACAGCCGCCCCGUCCACUUCGUCUUCCACGACACCAAGCUGGACGCCAUGCUGGAGGAGUUCAAGAAAGGGAAGUCCCACCUGGCCAUUGUCCAGAAGGUGAACAACGAGGGGGAGGGAGAUCCCUUCUACGAGGUUUUGGGCUUGGUCACUCUUGAAGACGUCAUCGAGGAAAUAAUUAAAUCAGAGAUUCUGGAUGAAUCAGACCAAUACACUGACAAUCGCACCAGGAUAAAAGUGGCGCCCAACAAGAACAAGAGGGACUUUUCUGCCUUCAAAAACGAGAGCGAAUCGAAGGUGAAGAUCUCCCCUCAGCUGCUGCUGGCUGCUCAUCGCUUCCUGGCUACAGAAGUGAACUUGUUCAGCCCGAGUCAGAUCUCAGAGAAAGUGCUGCUCCGCAUCCUACGCCACCACGAUGUGGUCCAGGAGAUCAAGUUCAAUGAAAACGACAAGCGGUCGCCUCAUCACUACAUCUAUCAGAAAGGAAAGGCUGUCGACUACUUCAUCCUCAUCCUGCAGGGUCGAGUCGAGGUGGAGGCCGGCAACGAGAACAUGAAGUUUGAGACCGGACCUUUCUCCUACUAUGGCGUCAUGGCGCUCAGUGCUUCCACUACAGUGGCCGCGCCUCGUCCUCGCCUCCUCUCCUUUAAGAGGUUUUCCUUGUUCUCUCGGUUGCCAGGUAAAACAGUUUCCUAUGACUCACUGAGGCCCCCUGCUGGACGACUCACACCAACUGAGAUUCGCUCCCCGUCCCACCUCAGCGGGUUAAACCGGACGGCCUCUCUGAGCGGCACCGAGCGGACCGACUCGCUGGCCAUCAGCGGGAGCAACAGCCAGCUCAACAACAGCGUUGUCUCUUUGCAGCAGUACAUCCCAGACUUCAACGUCAGGGCCCUGACAGACCUGCAGUUUGUCAAGGUCACACGUGCUCAGUACCAGAACGGCCUCAUUGCCUCCCGUCUGGACAGCACGCCUCAGUCCCCCGAGAGCGUCCACCAGACGGCCCACCCAGAGGAGGACCCUCUGCCGGCCAACAUCACCAUCACGGACCUAGGAGCAGACUCCACCCCCAUGGAGAACGGCCCGGACGAGACGACGCUCCUCCUCCUGAACGAGCAGACGCCGGCGCCCACAGCCAACCACCACAGCCAGCUGGAAAACAGCGUUUGACCCACACCUUCCUCCCUGCAGUCUCCCUACGUUUGCACACAUGCACUACCACGCUUGGAUGUUCGCUGAGGGGGGGUUGGGUGGGGGGGUUUACUGGCACCGAUGACACCUUAAGAUUCCCAAAGAGUCAAGCCAUGUGCGAGCAUAUCAUGUAAAUAUGCAGGAAUUCAGAAUAUCAAGCCUACACUAAUGAGCCAAAACAUCACAAACACCUAAAAACCCAGAAAUCAGGAUCCUGAUUGGAGGAAACUGGUUCUGUUAGGUUAAACUGGUUCUGUUAGGUUAAACUGGUUCUGUUAGGUUAAACUGGUUCUGUUAGGUUAAAGAUGCCUUUGAGUUUCUUUGCAGAGUCAAGCAGGGAAGGGUUUUAUCUUUUAAUGCAGCUACAAUCACACAGAUCCAGAAACCUAAAGUAAGUAAUCAAUGUUGGUUAAUAUGUAUGUUUUUAUAUGUAAAGCUGUAGCAUCAUUCAAAUCAGCAUUUAUUCAGAUGCACUCAGUGAUAUCUUCAGACAAUCCUUUUUUAUAGAAAUCACCACAAAUAAACGCGGGAAGCUGCUGUUUCCUAACGCUGCUUGGCAUCAUUUGUUUAUGCGGACCUCUGCUGUUUCUUUCUAAAGUUUUGGCUCAUCAGUGUCACUAAAAAUACCAAAAGUGUUUCGUGCCACAACCAUGUAAACAGACAAAACAGACAAAACAGGCGGGCAGUCAUGCGCUGACGACCACAGAGCUCCUGGUCGUCCUGUCUGGCCUUCACAGGCGGCGCCGCCGUCUUCAGCUUCUUCCUCCGUUCCCGUGCCGCCUCCAGCUCAGAGACUCAGGGAGACUCCGCCCUCCUGCCGCCCUCCUGCCGCCCUGCUGCCACCCUGCUGCCGCCCUCCUGCCACCCUGCUGCCGCCCUGCUGCCACCCUGCUGCCGCCCUGCUGCCACCCUCCUGCCACCCUCCUGCCGCCCUGCUGCCACCCUCCUGCCGCCCUGCUGCCGCCCUGCUGCCGCCCUCCUGCCGCCCUCCUGCCGCCCUGCUGCCGCCCUCCUGCCACCCUCCUGCCACCCUCCUGCCGCCCUCCUGCCGCCCUGCUGCCGCCCUGCUGCCGCCCUCCUGCCACCCUCCUGCCACCCUCCUGCCGCCCGCCUGCCGUGUCCUCCAGGUACAAACCCCCAGGUUGCGGCUGAGAGCUCGUAGAUCUCACCGCCGCGUGUGUAGCAGUCUGAACCUCCUCCCUGCCAUCAGCAUCCGUACAGCUAGAAGACAAAGAGCAUCCAAGCAUGUCGGCGGAGUUCAGACGAAGUAAUAUAUGUUCCAUAGAGAUUUAUAGUCAAAUAUUUAUUGAGGAACUCUGUUUGAGACGGACACAUAAGACUUUUAUGUUUCUCUCUCUGUAGUGAGGGAGCUACGAUGGGAGUUUCUAGCUUUGUUUUUUUGUCUCCUGUGUAAAAUCAGCGAUUAACCAGGAGCCUUUAUCCCAGAGAUUCACCACUGAUUGACAGCCAGUCUGUAUUCUGAUGAAAACAAUCAACAUGAUUUCUAUGAAUGUGUUAAAUGUGUAGGGUACGUUAACUGUGGCUGCUCUCGUCUCUGUGAAAUCUUUCGUUUUCUCGUUUUAACUUCUGGCCAAUUGGUGCCGGUUUUCACAAAGAUGGUCGGCCUGAGAGCUGAGAGACUUGACGAAUCCGGUCCUUUUUAUCAAAGAGGCCCAGGAAAAGUCUUUUUUCUUUUUUGAUUUUUGAUUUUUGUAUAUGUGCGCGUGUUUCUGUGACCAAAGAUGACUUUCUAUCGGUGGGAUCAGAAACAAAAAGAGGAACUCUGCAUCACCUCCUGACUAAGAAAAUACUUUAAAGAAAUCAGAGACUUUAUUUAUUCACUUUAAUGCUUGUAUAUAUUUUUUCCAAUGAGGCGCGACAAGUGUCAUUUUAUUUUGCCUCAUUGUGAAUUUUUUGCAAAUACUUGCAUUGAUUGUUUGGGGUUUUCUAUCUUUUUAUUUUCUAAAAUCUGGGGAACGGGAAGAUUAUACUGAACUGCACAGUUGAAACACUCAGCCCCUGGCAGCAGCCUCAUUUUGUCACCAUUAUGUUAAACUGUUCUGUACAUUUAAUGAUCAUCAUCAGUGCUUUUUUUAAAAUCCGAACUGCAUACACUCCAGUUGUAUUUUACUGUACCUUCAAAAGAGAUUUUAAUAGGAAAAUCAAUCAUAAAACUCAUAAAAGUAUCUUUCUUGUGAUGACAUUUUUUUCAUGAUCUUUGGUAAAACCGUUGGAUUUUUCUAAAGAUAUUUAAUGUGUGAAUUUUUGUCCAUAUAGACGUAGAGACACGCUGCUUUUCAGACUUUUAAGGCAUCCUUACUGCUUAUAACAGCCUGGUUGCUUUUUUCAUGUCUUUUUUCCCUUUGGGUCACUUUUGAGCGAAUUAAGAAAAUUUUAAAGUUUUUUAUUAAGCCAUAAAAUGAUAAACACUUUUCCCACAGUUGGAUUAACAUUUGACUUUUUCCCUUUUGUUUUAAUUGUCAUAACUGUCCCACUGAAACUCGUCCUUUUCAGUCCCAAAAGAGGAACUGCAGAUCCAUUUGCCUUGCAAUUCCUGUUCGAAUCUGAAACCGAAUUAUGACAAAACAAACAUUACCUAAUUUCUCUAUUUUUGGUGUUACAUGGAAAAGCUCUUGCGUUCUUAAAACUUUCUGUGUCUAAUUCUGUUUACUUUGGGAAAAGCUUUUGUGUCACAAAGGAGAAGCAGGAAAGUUUUCUUACUGUAAUAUUCUAAAUGAGUAAAUGUCAGGCUGCCCAGCAAGUUCAACACUUUUGACACAGCACUAAAGAACUACUUGGAAUUUACAGGAAGAAUUUUCUGGAUAUCUCCGUUCAGCGUGAGCUGGAUUUCUGUGAAGGUUCAAAGUGAAUAAUAAGGUUAAUCUGGACCCGAGCUGAAACUUGGAUUUCAUUUGCUUGUUAAAAUGCAUUUGUUGUAAAUUUUUUUAACUUUUUUAAAAUAUGUUCAGAUUAGAUAGUCGUUCAUGUCCGACACAUGAAAAUAUGUAAAACAAAUCCAGAAUAGGGCUGAAAAUUCCCAAAGUGUCAGUGCCUAAAACACUGGGACAAAGGAAGUGAUGAAGUGUAUCUCUUGAAUUUUAUACAUAAACUGAAAAGGUAUUGGUUUAUUUAUUCAGCGAAGAGGAGAAAGCCUGGAAAAAUGUUAGUAGCUUGCAGACCAAACAGACAGACGACCUACGUAGGAAUUUAAAAGUAGUCUGUGGCGAGCUUAGUCUGAAUGUAGUUUACCACAGGAAGAUGUAAUUUAUUUUCUGGUUUUGACCAGUAUAGCAACGUUGAUUUCUACAGGCAUGCAUCAACUUUGACCUUUCCCAAACUACGGCCACCAGAAUCUUCUACUUUAUAAAAUGUUCAAAUUAUAACGGUGAAAGCUGCUAAAAGUCCCACGCUCCUCCACAGAAUCAUCACAACUGCUCCCCAUUAUUGUUGCUAAACAUUAUUUUAAGGAGGCCAUCUGUUCCCGUUCACACUCUAUAAGCCUAUCUACGCUUAUUUUCUCACAACAAAAUGUUGUUUGGUUAGACAUGUGGUUUUUUGAGUGAGUAGCUUGGAAACCUAACAAACCAGCACCGUAUGGAGGAAAUGUGACCUUCUGCAUGUAAGGUCAAAUUUGUCUGAUUUAUUGCAGUGGGCAAUGCCUGUUUGUAACAAAAACUAAAUCAAAGCACUAAACUUUUAGCACCAUUUGUGUAGAUGCUCUAAUCUGAGCCGUGCUGCUGCCCUCGUGCCCAUGGGCAUCAGCAGUCCAAUUCUCCAAGCAACUUUCUCACCUUAAUAGUUUAUGUGAUGGAUUCUUUCAUUCUGUCUGCAAGUCUCACGUUUCUCCACAUAAUGGAGGAAACUAAGACUGAUGAAACUUUGGCUGCACUACAGUAAUUUAGCUGUCUAAACAUUAUUCUGAGGGGACUGCCACACCAAACUCUGAAAGUCCGUUUUCAGCUUUUUACAUUUGGUCCUAAAAAGUCACAUGAAGCAAUACUCCACGUGUGGUGAAAUUAAAAUACUCAAAUAGGA